AAUUUCCGGGUUGCUGCAUCGGAAAUGCUUCUGGCUCGCAAAAAGGCGGAUCCCCGUCUUUCGCCACAUUGCCUACGAGACUAACUGUCGUACCGACUCGAACUAUUUUGUCUCGGAUCUAAUCUCCGUCCUACGGUCUUGUGCUGACGUUAGCUGGCAUUAGCUUAAGCUAGCUAACUUUAAACUUGACCACUGCAGUUUGAGGGACGAGUGACACCGGAGCAUACAGCAGGAAGAUGGGGGAUAAAGAGUUGAUUUGGGCAUUGAAGACCGGUGACAUAGAUGAGGUCAAAACCAAACUAACGGCUGAGGAUAUCAACCGGACCUUAGAAGAAGGUAGGAAGCCUUUGCACUACACUGCGGACUAUGGACACAGAGACGUGAUGGAGUACCUUAUUUCAAAGGGAGCCGACGUUAACGCUCUGGACAAACAUGAGUUAUCUCCACUGCUGUAUGCCUGUGGCGAGGGCCACGUCUCAUGUGUCACACUCCUGCUAGAAAAGGGAGCCGACAAAACCUAUAAAGGACCGCACGGCUUAUGUGCCUUUGAAGUCAGCGAGAACGAGGCUAUUAAGGCUCUGCUCAAGUGAGACGCCGUUGAGCGCAGGGUGGCUGGACAGGUGGGUGGGCUGACACACAGAUGGACGCAGUGGUUCCCCCUGACAGAAGACGGACUUAUCCCCUCCCACCAUCAUCGACCUCUGUCCCAACACUGCUUUUGUCCGUCUGUAGGAGAGCCGCGUUGUCUGGUGGUUUUUUUUUUCUUCUUACCUGGUUUCUUUUCACUAAACUUUUUUUUAUUAUUAUUAACUUUGUUUCUUUGGCCUCCAUUUGUAGUCAAUAAACACAAGAACACUCAUGACUCCCUUAGGCACCAUUCACUAAGGGAACACUCUUGUACGUGAAUACUAUUAAAAAAAAAAAAAAAAAAAAAGGAAAUA